AUGUGCAUUUCGAGUAGAGAAGACGGCGGCGGCGACGAAGAUCCCGGUGGUCCACCGAGAAACCGCAGGAAUCAAUCGCCAUUAUCGCUUCCGCAGACUCUGAAACAUUUCCACAGAGAUUUACUCGCCGGCGCGGUGAUGGGAGGCGUCGUUCACACGAUCGUAGCUCCAAUCGAGAGAGCGAAGCUUCUACUGCAAACCCAGGAGAGCAACAUCGCGAUCGUCGGAGACGAAGGGCACGCGGGGAAGAGAAGGUUCAAAGGAAUGCUCGAUUUCAUCUUCCGCACGGUCAGAGAAGAAGGCGUCUUAUCCCUGUGGAGAGGCAACGGAAGCAGCGUGCUUCGCUAUUACCCUUCCGUCGCUCUCAAUUUCUCUCUCAAGGAUCUCUACAGAAGCAUUCUCCGAAACAGCAGCUCUCAGGAGAAUCACAUCUUCUCCGGCGCGUUAGCCAAUUUCAUCGCCGGCUCUGCAGCUGGAUGCACGGCUUUGAUCGUCGUUUACCCGCUUGAUAUAGCUCACACGCGUCUAGCUGCCGAUAUCGGGAAGCGAGAGGCUCGGCAGUUCAGAGGAAUCCACCAUUUCCUGUCGACGAUUCACAGGAAAGAUGGGGUCAGAGGGAUCUACAGAGGCUUGCCUGCGUCUCUGCACGGCGUGAUCAUUCACCGUGGGUUGUAUUUCGGUGGUUUCGAUACGGUGAAGGAGGUUUUCUCGGAGGAUACGAAGCCUGAAUUGGCCUUGUGGAAGAGAUGGGGUUUGGCUCAGGCUGUGACUACUUCUGCUGGUUUGGCUUCUUACCCGUUGGAUACGGUGAGGAGGCGGAUCAUGAUGCAGUCAGGGAUGGAGCAUCCGAUGUACCGGAGCACGGUGGAUUGUUGGAGGAAGAUUUAUAGGAGUGAAGGGUUUGCUUCUUUUUACCGUGGAGCGCUUUCGAAUAUGUUUAGGAGCACUGGUUCGGCUGCGAUCUUGGUUUUGUAUGAUGAGGUGAAGAAGUUCUUGAACUGGGGAGGGGUGUGA